AAGGAAAAAGCAGAUAAAAAACUCUCAAAAAACAGUCCACGUCCAUCAUUACGUCAUAAUUACACACAGUACACACACUAACACAGUGCACAUGAAUGUGUUUGACUUUCAGCUAAAAGUGGCCCCCUUUCUGAUAGUGAUUUCGUAUUCUCAGAGAGAGAUUGAAAUUCUCUCUUCACUUUUUCUCUCUUCUUUUUCUCCUCGGUGAAUUUUUUUUCAAGAAAAUUUCAAUGGAGGGUCUACCCUCUGGUUAUCGCCCUAACGUUGGAGUUUGUCUAAUCAACGAUGAUAAUAUGGUGUUUGUGGCUUCUAGAUUAAAUGUUCCUGGAGCUUGGCAAAUGCCUCAGGGAGGCAUCGAAGAAGGUGAAGAACCAAAGUCUGCAGCAAUCAGAGAAUUGAGGGAAGAAACUGGUGUAGUAUCUGCUGAGAUAAUAGACGAGGUUUCGGAAUGGUUGACCUAUGACUUCCCGCCUGCUGUGAAAGCCAAAGUGAAUCGUCUCUGGCGAGGAGAAUGGCAUGGACAGGCACAAAAAUGGUUUCUUAUGAGAUUAACUGCCGACGAAAGUGAAAUCAAUUUAGCAAGUGGUGAAGCAGACGCAGAAUUCUCGGAAUGGAAAUGGGCUACCCCCGAACAAGUCAUUGAACAGGCGGUGGAUUACAAGAGGCCUACCUACGAGGAAGUUAUGAAGAAGUUUCGGCCUUACUUCGAUUCAGGAAAAGCUACAAAGUGCUAUUCGACAAAAUGGUGAAUAAUAAUUAAUACAUAAUGUGGUUUGCAGCUUUAAUUUUGCUUUUUUUUUUUUUUUUUUUUUAAUAUAUUUACUUUGUCGAAGAACUGGUUGUAAAUGUAUAUGUGGGGGUUUUCAAACUUUCAGAUCAAGUGGUUGUUACAAAUAAAAUGGUUGUUUAAAAAUCUGUUAUUUGUUUC